CGCGCCCUCAUUUUAGACUUGUAGGACAUAGGAACGAGAGACAGCAAGAAGGGCCUGUGUGUUCUCUAUCUGAAACUUUCCCUUGCUGCUCAGCUCUGUUUGCUCCAAGGGAAGGAAAUGACAUCUAGUCCUCUCUUCUUCUGCAUCUUAAUUAUUGGGAGAUACUUUUCUCAGGGGGGUGGACAGGAUGCCCAGUGCCCCCUCGGCUAUUUCCCCUGUGGGAACAUCACCAGGUGCCUGCCUCAGCUGCUUCACUGUAACGGUGUGGACGACUGCGGGAACCAGGCCGACGAGGACGACUGCGCAGACAACAAUGGAUGGUCUCUGCAACUUGACAAGUACUUUGCCAGUUACUACAAAAUGAUGUCCCCAAAUUCCUUUGAGGCAGAACCAUCCAAAUGCUUGCUGGGUUCUCUGCCUGCACAGUGUUUUUGCCAAGGUCUGGAGCUUGACUGUGACGAAACCAAUUUACAAGCUGUUCCAUCAGUUUCUUCAAACGUAACCAUAAUGUCACUUCAGUGGAAUUUAUUAAGGAAGCUUCCUCCUAAUGGCUUCAAGAAUUACCAUGAUCUUCAGAAAUUGUGCCUGCAAAACAAUAAAAUUAGAUCGAUAUCCAUCUAUGCUUUCAGAGGACUGUACAGCCUUAAUAAACUGUAUCUCAGUCAUAACAGAAUCACCUUCCUGAAGCCAGGUGUUUUUGAAGAUCUUCACAGACUAGAAUGGCUGAUAAUUGAAGAUAAUCGCCUCAGUCGAAUUUCCCCACUAACAUUUUACGGACUAAAUUCUCUUAUUCUUUUAGUCCUGAUGAAUAAUGUCCUCACCCGCUUACCUGAUAAGCCUCUUUGUCAGCACAUGCCAAGACUACGUUGGCUGGACUUUGAAGGCAACCAUAUCCAUAAUUUGAGAAAUUUGACUUUUAGUUCCUGCAGUAACUUAACUGUUUUGGUAAUGAGGAAAAACAAAAUUAAUCACCUACAUGAAAAUACUUUUGCCCCUCUCCAGAAACUAGAUGAAUUGGAUUUAGGAAGUAAUAAGAUUGAAAAUCUUUCACCGCACGUAUUUAAGGAUCUGAAGGAGCUGUCACAACUGAAUCUUUCCUAUAACCCAAUCCAGAAAAUUGAAGCAAACCAGUUUGAUUAUCUUAUCAAACUCAAGUCUCUCAGCCUAGAAGGACUCGAAAUUCCAAAUAUCCAGCAACGGAUGUUUAGACCUCUUAUGAAUCUGUCUCACAUAUAUUUUAAGAAAUUCCAGUAUUGUGGAUAUGCACCCCACGUCCGCAGCUGUAAACCAAACACUGAUGGAAUCUCAUCGCUAGAGAAUCUCUUGGCAAGCAUCAUUCAGAGAGUAUUUGUCUGGGUUGUAUCUGCAGUUACCUGCUUUGGAAACAUUUUUGUUAUUUGUAUGAGACCUUAUAUCAGGUCUGAGAACAGGCUGCAUGCCAUGUCAAUCAUCUCUCUCUGCUGUGCCGACUGCCUGAUGGGAAUAUAUUUAUUUGUGAUUGGAGCCUUUGACCUAAAAUUUCGUGGGGAAUACAAUAAGCAUGCCCAGCUGUGGAUUCAGAGUAACCACUGUCAGCUUUUGGGAUCUUUGGCCAUUCUGUCCACAGAAGUAUCUGUUUUACUUUUAACAUUCCUGACUUUGGAAAAGUACAUUUGCAUCGUGUAUCCUUUCAGAUGUUUGAGACCUGGAAAACGCAGGACGAUCACAGUUCUGAUUCUCAUUUGGAUUACUGGGUUGAUAGUGGCUUUCAUUCCACUGAGUAAUAAAGAAUUGUUCAGAAACUACUAUGGCACCAAUGGAGUCUGUUUCCCUCUUCACUCAGAAGAUACAGAAAGUACGGGAGCCCAGAUUUAUUCAGUGGUAAUUUUGCUUGGCAUUAACUUGGUGGCAUUUGUCAUCAUAGUCUUUUCCUAUGGAAGCAUGUUUUACAGUGUUCAUCAAAGCACCAUAACAGCAACUGAAAUACCGAAUCAGGUUAAAAAAGAGAUGGUCCUGGCCAAACGUUUUUUCUUUAUUGUAUUUACCGAUGCAUUAUGCUGGAUACCUAUUUUUAUACUGAAAUUUCUUUCACUGCUUCAGGUAGAGAUACCAGGUACCAUAACCUCUUGGGUAGUGAUUUUUAUUCUUCCUAUCAACAGUGCUUUGAACCCAAUUCUCUAUACUCUGACUACAAGACCAUUUAAAGAAAUGAUCCAUCAUUUUUGGUAUAACUACAGACAAAGAAGAUCUACUGACAGCAAAGGGAGUCAGAAAACACAUGCACCAUCCUUCAUCUGGGUAGAAACAUGGCCACUGCACGAGAUGCCACCUGAGUUAAUGAAGCCGACUGUUUUCACAGGCCCCUGUGAAAUGUCACGAAUUUCUCAAUCAACUAGACUCAAUUCCUAUUCAUAACUGAUUCUGAGACCCACUUUUUCACAGAGAAUAUGGUGGGGUGCUUCAGCAGGAAUUUACUGGUAUAAAAUGAAAUGAGUACUGUGAUAUUAAUAAUUUAUAAUAAUGGCUAAAUAAGUUUACAAGGAAGUGGGGAAAAAAGUUACUAAUGCUCAUAAAAUGGAAUUAUAUUGGUAAUGUGUAUAUAUUAGUACAUAUUUUGCAUAGGAAAUUAAGAGACAUCUACAUCAGAGAGAUUCAUUCAUCCUUCUAACAUGCAUUUAUUCAGUACCCACAAUGCACGUAGCACUUUGGUAAACUCCUGGAAGUAGACAGUAUGGAACCUUUUAAAUCUUUAGAUUAGAUUUAACUACAAAAGACAAACAAAGCACAUCUACAACUCCUAGUUUAAAGUAAAACUUUGUCUGUCAUACAUGUCAGCAAACAUAAGAAUUGUAGGCAGUUUUAAAUAAAGGUUGGAAUACUCAGAGAAAUAGCAUCACAGAAAAUGUCUGAUUGUUUGCAAAAUACUCUGCCAAAUUCUGUUAUAAGAAUCCAUUUAUCUCUCUGUAAGUCUUCAUACACUUGAGAACCAAUACAAAAUUUAUGACUAUCAAAAAAAAAAAAGAUGCUGUGCUAUAAAUUCAAAAACAGUAUUUCUUAGCCACUUUCUACCCAAUUCUGUUUUUGCUUUAAAUGAACACCAUCCUAUGGGGCUGGAAUAGGAGAGUAGGAAUAUAGCAACGAAAUGAAUCAGGAAAGCUAGAAUUAGGAUAAACAUUUUGAUGAAUGGAAGGAAUUGAGAAUCCAAAAAAAAAAUUCUCAUGCAUUCAGUCAAUUGGUUUCAACAAGGGUGCCAAGAUAACCAGAUGAAUAAAGAACAGUCUUUUCAACAAAAGAUGCUGGACAAUUGGAUAUUCACAGACAAAAGAAUAAAGCUGAACUCGUCCGUCACACCAUAUACAAAAAUUAACUCAAGUCAACAACCCAAAAAUAAAAGCUAAAUCUGUAAAACUCUUACAAGAAAACACAGGGGCAAAUCUUCAAGGCCUAGGAUUUGGAAAUGGAUCCUUUGAAAUGACAACAAAAGUAUGAACAACAAAAGAGAAAAUAGAGUAUGCUUCAAUUAAAUUAAAAAAUGUUUGUGUUUCAAAGGACAUUAUCAAGAAAGUGAAAAAGACUACUUAGAAGAAUGUAAGAAAAUACUUGGAAAUCAUAUAUUGGAGAUGACUUAAUAUCUAGAAUGUGUAAAUAACUUAUAUACCCUCAAAACAACAACAACAAAAUAAUAAUUUUUAAAAAAUGGGCAAAGUACUUAAAUUGACAUUUCUCCAAAGAAGACAUACAAAUACUCAAUAAGGACAUGAAAAGAUGCUCAAUGUCACUAAUUAUUAGGAAAACACAAAUUAAAAUCGCAAUGAGAUAACACUUCACACCUACUGGGGGCUACUUAAAAAAAAAAUCACACCAAAAUCAGAAAAUAACAAGUAUUGGAGAGGAUGUGUAGAAAUUAACGCUCUUGAACAUUGCUGGUAGGAAUGUGAAAUGGGGCAGCAGUUCUUCAAAAGAUUAAAAAUAGACACACCAUGUGACCCAACAAUUUCACUCCUAGAUACAAACCCAAAAGAAUUUAAAACAAGAUUCAGGUAAUACUUGUAUAUGAAUUUUCAUUGCAGUAGCCAAAAGAUGGAAACAACUCAAGUGCCCAUCAACUGAUGGAUUUUUUUUUUUUUCUCAGUUUUUGGCUGGGGCUGGGUUUGAACCCACCACCUCUGGCAUAUGGGGCUGGGGCCCUACUCCUCUGAGCCACAGGUGCUGCCCUCAACUGAUGGAUUGUUAAACCAAGUGUGAUACAUACACAUAUAAUGGAGUAUUAUUCAGCCAUUAAAAUAAAUGAAGCUUUGAUAAUACUAUAUUCUCAUACAUAAAGAAUGAAAUGUCAGUCAUGCAUAAAAAGACAAAUACUGUAUGACUGCACUUACAUGAAAUACCUAGAAUAAGCAAAUUUAUAGAAACGGAAAGCAAAAUAGAGAUUAUUAAUGGGUUAGGGUGAUGGCUAAGAAGUGCAGGGUAUCCUCCUGCACUAAAAAAAUGUUUUAAAAUUAUUCAUGUUGAUGGAUAAACAACUCUAUGCUUGUACUAAAAGCCAUUGAAUUGUACACUUUAGAUGGGUGAAAUUUAUGGUGUCUGAAAUAUCGCAAUAAAGCAGCUACAAGGAAAAAGACGAAUUAGCAUACACUGAUUUGGGAAGGAAAGGUUUAUGUGUGCAUGUUUCAUUCUAAAGAGAAAAUAGUUGGCAUCAAGAGAUGGCUUUGCCUUCUAUUGGCACAGCCAGUACAAAAGGCAUGAAGUUUUAAGCUAGUUGUUCUUUUCUGGCCUGUUGGAAUUUUUUGCUUUCAUACCAUAAUUUGAAAUCUUUGAACAGGAAAAAAAAAAUGUUAGGAAGUUUUAAAUACACUAAAAAUGUCUGGAACAUGAAAAUACUGGAAACAAAAGCAAAAUGCAUUUGUUAAGUAUAUAACUGUAUAGAUUUAUUUCUAAAAUAAAUUACCUGAAGUUUAAUUCUAUUAAAAACAUGAUUGUUUUAGGUUCUUUCUGUGCUUCCUUGAAAUGAU